AUGAAAUUCUUCACCAUCGCCACCAUUGCCAGUAUUUUCGCUGUUGCUAACGCAGCCCCCACUCCAACUUCCGCUGCUGUGGCCCCAACUGCUCCUGUUACCGUUGCUCCAAAAGCAAUCAGCCCUGUUCUUGGUGAUCUUUCUACUAUAGAAAAAGACGUCGAAGCUAUCCUCAGUGACAUUCAAACUAUUACUCCAUUGCUUGUCGGUGAGAACUCCAUUCCAGCUGAAAUUGUCGAGUUGAUUCAAGCUAUUGCAAGUUCUGCAAGAGAUGUUGAAAGUAUUGUCCAAAUCGUUACAGGGGACCUUAACAAAGUCUUUGGUGCUGCAGCUGCAGCCGCAGCUUAA